AUGAAGAUAGCCCUCCUCCCCCUCCUGUCGGCCACGCUCGCGAGCGUCGCUUCGGCCGCCGCCAUCGCGGACCCAGUCGCAGACUGGGAACAGCGCUACCUCUCGCGCCAGGACUGGGCGCACGACAACUCGUCCCUGAAGCUGAUCGGGUUCAAGCGGUUAGUCUGCCCCCUCCUCUCUCUCUCUCUCCCCCAAGAUGGACGGUUGGCUGAUGUAAGCAUCGAGAUGAACGAGGAAGAACGCAGCACGAUCGACGCCGCCACGCGCCGCGACCCCGCGUCCUGGGCCGAGCUCUCCCUCUCCUCCUCUGCAUUCUGGCAUCCCGACCUGCGCGAGCUGCGCGUCUACUUCCCCGUCCGUGACGCGCUGCUCACGCACGGCCGCUCCCUCGUCGAGGCCAACGAGCGGGGCGAGCUCGCCGAACGCGCCCUCGAGGGCGACUGCCGCGUCCUCGGCCGUCGCGCCACAGACGACGUGCACGGCGUCCCCUCCAAUGUGAUCCGGGACGGACUCGUGCUCCUCUCGUCGCCGUGGGGACACGCGUACAAGCGCGCCGACAACGUGUAUGUUUAUGACUUUGGCGUCCGGUCCGCGCACGACCAUCACGACGCGCACCUCGACGCGAGGGACAAGAAGGGCAAGGUGUCCUGCUACAAGAACCAUGGGAACAAGAUCUGCUCCUUCCUCCCUGGCUGCAGGCAGAAUCGGUGCGCGGCGCCGAGCAGGUCCUCCAAGUCCUGCGUCGACUACAAUGGCUGGCCUGACUGCAAGGGUAAGAGCAAGAAAGGCUUCAUCGGGAGCGACUGCCAGGUCGCGCUGGCCAAGGGCAAGUGCUGGAACGAGGUGAUUAUGAAGAAGUCAGUGAAUGAAGUAGCAAGUAGUGAAUCGUCCGAGCUGAGGUAUGCCGAAAGCGCCGAUGUCCCUGUGGUGUGGAGAGAGCAUGCCAAGCAGAGCAGCAAGCUGCUUCGUCUGCAUGCGAGGCGCAGACGCCCAGAGUCCAAAGAAAGGGAUACCGGCACAUCCGGCUGUUGUCGGGAGCGCCGACGCCGCGAGAAGAGAGGCGUCUUCUUGGGGACGCCAGGCUUGAGGCAGCAAACAGAGCAGGACAGAGGGGCUCUCUGGCAGGUACGUCAGCAGCAAGCCCUGCCUUCACAUGGGCCGUGA